AUGGAGCAAUGCGAGGAUCUUAUAUAUCGAUUCAAGUACUUCAAUGCCGAUAAAAAGAUGAACCUCAACUUCCUUCGCGACCCGCCACCGUUGCCCGAAAAGGUAACUGAAGAAAUGGUGGAGGCGUACAAGGGCGAGGAUGUGGAUGCCGAUUCUUCAAGUGGUUCGGAUUCAAGCAGUGAGGAGGAAGAAACCACUCCUACUGCUGAGCCUUCAGCCGCUCCCGACACCGAGGCGCUGUUUGUGCCUAAUAAAUCACAGUCAUAA